AUGUCCAACGACGCAAUUCAGGAUGAACUCACUUCGAUAAACUCGAUUUUCGACGAGGGCACAUUGGCACCCAUAAAUGAAGAUGACAGAAUUUUCAGCUUGCGAUUGCCAUCAUUUCCGUCGAUAACAUUGCGCAUCGAGUUCCCCGCAGACUAUCCUGACGCACCCAUAUCAGUGCUAGGGACGCAAAGUGUGGGACAGGAUGUCGCGAAGGGCAUGGGCAGUCGGGCAGUGGACAUAGUUAGAGAUGUUCUUGCAGAAGUCUAUCGGCCUGGCGAGGCAUGCAUCUACGACUUGCUCGAAGAAGUAAGAGAAGCCUUGGAAAAGGCCGAAGAGCAUGGAGAGAUACAGUUGCACGACCAAGCAGAAGAACAGCCCACUGUAACGGACCCAUCACAGCUCUCAUCAGAUCCUGCCAUCGACCUCGGACCAGAGCCUCCAUGGAUCAUUGCUCCAGCAUUCUCUGAAAAGAAAUCGGUCUUCUUGGCGCGAGUUGCGCCAGUAUCAUCACCAGCACAAGCCAGCCAGUUUGUCGCCCACCUUCUAGCCACGGAUAAGAAAGCCGCCCGAGCUACUCAUAAUAUGACAGCAUGGCGUAUUAAAGGCCCCAACGACACGAGCUACCAGGAUUGCGACGAUGAUGGAGAGACAGCAGCAGGCUCGCGUAUGCUGCACCUCAUGCAGCUGAUGGAUGUAUGGGAUGUCAUGGUAGUAGUGACAAGGUGGUAUGGCGGCGUCCAUCUAGGCCCAGAUCGCUUCCGCAUCAUCAACACCACAGCCAGAGAGGCAUUGUUGCUAGGAGGGUUUGCUAAGGAGGGCAAGGAAUCCGAUACAAAGAAGAAGGGCAAGAAAUAA